GUGCCACUUUCAGGUCUCCUCACACUGCUGGUGUGUUCCAUUUUUUGUCAUAGGGUGCUGGCAGAUUACGGGCCUCCCAUAGCUGCUGCCAGGCCCCUAAUCUGCCAUGGGCCCCCUAUACCGCCUCCUCAUGCUGCUGCCAAGUCCAGAGUCUCUCAUGGGUCCCUGUACGGCCUCCCAUUGCUGCUGUCUCCAUCGCCACACUCUGCCAUGUGCCACUUUCAGGUCUCCUCACACUCCUGCUGGUUUCCAUUUUGUCAUAGGUUGCUGUAUGGCCUCCCAUUGCUGCUGCCUCCACCGCCACACUGUGGCUCCAAACACUGGUUUUGGCCCCGUGACUGGCCAAAUGAGUGAAGUGUGCGGUGAUUCUAAGAUCGACGGCACUCAUCUGCAUGUCAUACUG